AGCGAUGAGUAAUGAAGAGGUGGUCGUUCUGAGCGUGGGAGGUGUGAGAUAUGUAACCCGGGCUUCUACACUGCAGCAGUUCCCUGAGUCCAGGCUGGCACGGAUGUUGAACCACGAUGAGCCGGAAUUCAAACUGGUGAAUGGAGAAUUUUUUGUGGACAGAGAUGGAGCUUUGUUUAGUUACAUCAUGGACUUCUUGAGGACUCUACAGGUCUCCUUACCAACUGAUUUCUCAGACUAUCAGAGGCUGCGGAGAGAAGCAGAAUUCUAUGGACUCCACCCCCUGGCUGACCUCUUGAGCCAGGAACACUUGCUGAAGCCGAGGCUGGAGAUCUUGGAAGUGCGUUUUUCUCUCCAAGAAAUGCAGGCCUUUUUCCGGGUCUUUGGUUCCUGCAGUACCACUGUGGAGGCACUAGCUGAGCAGGUCACUGUGUUUACAGGGCAGCAGCCAGGACAGAGCUGGAGCAGCCCUUUUCCUUCUCAGCAAACACUCGUUCCACUUCCUUUGGAAAGACCUUCUCAUCACGACAUGGUUUUUCAGUGUGGUACUGAGUACUCUGCUGGGGACCAGUUUGUGGCCAGGUAUGUUUCCAUAAAGCCUGAUAAUAGGAAGCUGAUUAAUGGUACUAAUGUGCUAGGCCUGCUGUUUGACACUUUACUCAAAGAUGGAUUUCGCCUCAUAAGUGCCAGGACAGUCUCCAGUGAAGAAAAGGUUGAAUGCUACAGUUUUGAAAGGAUGAAGAGGCCAGCAGGCCUUACUGUCAUGGUGAACCAACCCUCGGGGAGCUCUGGGGUAGCAAAGGCAAGGGGAGGCCAAAAGCAGAAAGGGAAAUAAAGGCUUUUCCUUUCAUCUUUUAAAGGUGGAAGAGGGGUGUGUCAGCACUAGUGGCCUUUUUUUGUUGGCUUGUUUGAAACUGCAACUAUUGAGGGAAGUAACAAACAAGCAAUUUUUUUUUUUUCCAAGUACUUGGAAAAAAAUUGCUUUCCUGCCUUUUACUGCUCCACCCUCUUCAACUUUAAAUAAAAGAACCACAGAUUCAAUGCUGGGUUUGUGGACCAGAUUCCAGCAUUUUCAAGGGUUGUUUUUGUUUUUCUCUGUGGCUAAGAUUUAUAUGGGGACUCACAAAGCAUCAGCCAUUUCUUCUGGAAAAUCAUUUUUAUACUCUGUGCUAAUCUGUAAGUAGAUUUUAAAAACAUUGUAAUACAUGAAGAAACAACAGCUUGACACAACUGUCAUCCCAACAGUUUGGAGAAGUGGCUGGAGGAGGAAUUCAAACCUCAACGAUUGAUGAUUGCUUCUCCUUCUCACUGAAUCUCUUGCAGUUAGCUGAGAGCAGCUAAUUGCUCUAACGGGAAGAUCCGGAGCAGUGCUGCUGUGUGGCUUUGUGAAGCCAUCACCAGGCUCUGUGAAAUAACACAUUACUGUCUCUUGUAGAAUACUCCUCUGUCCUCCUCCCACUCUGAAGGCAUUAAGCUGUUCUUCAGUGCUGAGAAUUAAAUGAUAAAGGUCUUUGUGAGCAAAGGGUCAGCUAAUUUCUAGAGAUUUAACUAUAAAAAGGAUGAAAAUGCGACAAACAGUCCUUCAGAUGGAAGAGUUAGUACAGUUUUAAUCAAAAUAGUACAAAGGACUUCUUAAUGCUUGUUAAGUGCAGCACAGUUAGAAGGAAGGCUUGGCAGCAGUGGCUUUUAAAAAGCCUUGGGAAUGUUAGCCCUGUACAAAGGUUUGUAAAAAUGCGAAAAUUAGCUCAGGUACUGGGAGAGGUAAGUUAACGAGACUUUAUAAAUUAUCUUUUGCCCUCCCUUCAAGGCAGGGAAAGAAGAUAGCAAUAACUUCAGGGAUCACUUAUUUGCAUCUGGCUUUUGUUGUUGAUAAAACACCAUCUUUCCAGAACUACAAACAACCCAGUAGAGCUUGUUUGGGCCUUCUUGGCUGACCAUAGAAUCAUAGAAUAUGCUGAGUUUGAAGGGACCCGUCAGGGUUGUCAAGUUCAACUCCUGGGACUGUGCAGGACACCCCAAGUAUCCCACCAUUUGGACAGCACUGUCCAAAUGCUUCUGCCUGCAGAACUCUGUCAGGCUUGAUGCUGUGACCACUGCCUUGGAGAGCCUGUUCCAGUGCCCAACCACCCUCUGGGUGAAGAACCUUUUCCUAAUAUUUAACCUAACUCCCUUGACACAACUUUGGGCCAUUCCUUCAGGUCCUGUCCUUGGUCACUACAGAGAAGAGAUCAGUGCCUGCCCCUCCUCUUCCCCUCACAAGGAAGUUGUAACUGCAGUGAGGUCUCCCCUCAGUCUCCUCUUUUCCAGGCUGAGCAGACCAAAUGACCUCAACUGCUCCUCACACGGCUUCCCCUAAAGGCCCUUCACCAUCUUCAUUGCCCUCUUUUGGACACUCUCUAACAUCUUAAUAUCUUUUCCUCUUUGCUUGUUCUAGAACUUUUUGUGUUGAGAAUAAUGUGAUUAUGGGACUACAUCUCUUAAGCUGCUUACAGGUUAUAUAUAAUGUAAUAAAUUUUGAGGAAUGUAAGAGUGAAUGCUUUCACGUCAAUUUUUUUUUUUUUUUUUUGUCAAUCAUGUCACUAUGUUCAUAUUUGUCUUGAAGUAAGACAUUUCUUACCAUGAGAACCAUCAUUCACAGAUGA